AUGGCCUGGGACUCCCUGUGCAGCGAGGACUUACUGCGUCCCAAGAUACGAAGCACCUCUGUCGGGACCCCGGGCAGCCAGAGCGCUGGGACACCAUCCCUGGUGGAGCUGCGGCGCCUGCUCUGGAGACACACACCCCCAGCAGGGCAUGUGGACGAAGUCUGGCCAAACCUUUACAUUGGAGACCUGUACAUUGCUCGUGACAAAGAGCAGCUGAGCCGAAUGGGCAUCUCCCAUGUCGUAGAUGCUGCUGCUGGGCGAUUUCACAUUGACACUGGAACCAAGUUCUACAAAGACCUGCUUGUGGAUUACUAUGGAGUAGAAGCAGAGGACAACCCUAACUUCGAUCUCAGCAUUUACUUCUACCCAGUCGCUCAAUACAUAAGAGCAGCACUGAAUUCCCCAAGAGGCAAAGUACUAGUUCACUGUGCAAUGGGAAUCAGUCGAUCUGCAACUCUUGUCCUUGCUUUCUUAAUGAUCUGUGAAGAUAUGCCUCUCGCUGAUGCAAUUCAGACCGUGCGCUCACACAGAGGGAUCUGCCCCAACUCCGGCUUCCUCAAGCAGCUUUGGGAGCUGGACCUCCAGUUAGGAAGGGGGAAAGGCAGAGAAGACUUUAGUGCUAAAAGGACCCAUCUCCUGGCACCAGACUGA